GUUUUGCCGGCAGCCCCCGCAGUGCCGGCGCCGCGUUCUGCUCCGCGCGGCGCCGCGUUCCCGGCGCGGCAUGGAGGAGAGCGUCCCGCCCUUCCCGGAGCGCCUCGGAGACGGAGCCCGAGCCCUCCUGAUGCCCCCCGAGCCCAGCCCCGAGCCCUUCCCCGCCCCGGAGCCCGGCUUCCUGCAGGAUGCCAAAACCCAGAGCGCGGCGCCGCCCGGCACCGAGCUGGACGAGGACGACGCCUUCUAUGGCGCCGAGGAGGAGCUGGCGGCCGCGAGCCGCGAGGGCAAGGCCCCCGAGCCGAGGGACGAGCCCGACUUCUUCUCCUCGCUGGCCCGGCACGAGCCCGACGUGGCCCUGGAAGCGCACGACGAGGCCGAUGAGCCCGACCCCGCCCUCUCCGGAGCCGUCCCGGCCGCGGCUCACCGGACACAGCUCGGGCCGGUGCCCGAGGAGCAGCCGCCGGCGUUCCCGCGGGCGCUGUUCCGGCCGCUGCCCGCGGCCGUGCCCUGGGGCCGCGGCCGGCCGACGUCCCCCGAGGAGGAGCGGCCCCACGACGAACCAAAGCACGCCGAAGGGCUCGGCGCCCAGCGGGGCCGCGGGGGCGUCCAGAGGUUGGAGUGGAUCUCCAGGAGCCCCAGCCCGUCCUUCCAGGAGCCGCAGCCGGCGCCGGACGCGGCAGCCUCGCGCGGCCCGGCCUCGCGCAGAGCCAAAGCCAAAGCCUCGGAGAGCUGCCGGCGGAAAGCGCCGGCGGCCAAGCCGGAGCCGGCCGAGCCGGGCUCCGCGGCCGAGUGGACGCUGCCCAAGCUGGACGUGGUGGGCAAGCAGUCGUGGACGGUGAACGCCGAGGACUCGGUGGAGCGGCUGCUGCCGGAGCCGGCGGAGGUGCGGCCGUACGUGUGCGGGGUGCUGCUGGAGGAGCCCCGCAAGGACGAGGAGCCGGAGCGGGAGGACAGCCCCAGCGUGUUCACCUGCAUCGAGUGCAGCAUCUACUUCCGCCGCAAGGAGCACCUGCUGGAGCACAUGCUGCAGCACAACCGCGGCGCCGAGCGCGGCGCCGACGCGCCCGCCGGCCGCUGCCGCUUCUGCUGCGGUGAGUGCGGCUGGGCCUUCGCCGAGCCGGCGGCGCUGGAGCGGCACAAGAGGCUCCACCAGGAGUCGCGGGAGAAGAUCAUCGAGGAGAUCCAGAAGCUGAACGAGUUCCCGGACGAGGGGCGCGAGGCGCGGCUGCAGUGCCCCAAAUGCGUUUUCGGCACCAACUCCUCCAAGAUCUUCGUGCAGCACGCCAAGAUGCACGUCAAGGAGAGGAAGGAGCACGCCUCCAGGAGCUCCGGCCUCUUCGGAGAGCUCCGCGACGGCGCCGGGCACGGCCUCUACAAACCCUUCCAAGCCGACGAGCUGCCGGCGGCGCCGGCCGGCAAAGCGCCGAGCGCCUGCGUCCUCUGCGGCUUCCCGGCGCCCAACGAGCACAUCCUCAAGGAGCACCUGAGAUACGCCCACUCCCACUUCUCCUGGCAGCCCGAGACCUUCGAGGACGAUCCCAACCAGCCCGGCACCAGCCGCGACUCCUACAGCCCCGCCCGGCCCGCCCGCUUCGCCGACGCCGAGGUGUUCGGCAAGGGCGAGAAGGGCUUCUCGGAGCGGCUCUUCCCGCCCCCGUGCCGGGAGGGUCCCUCCCUCUACGACCCCGCCUUCGGCUUGGGCCACCCCAGGCUGGACAAGGGCGACGGGGCCGCCAAGAAGGAGCCGCUGCAGGGCUUCCACCACGCCAGGAAGGCGGCGCCGUAUUCCCACCAAAGCUUGGGGUUUGCCGGGUUCUCGUCGUCCAAAGCCUACUCCCACUCGGCCCUGCAGCAGCUGAGGAAGAGAGCGGCCACCCAGCAGCCGGAGGGGGACGGGGACAACCUGCGCGGCCGCCCCGCGGGGCCGGAGGAGCUGCGGCACGGGUGGGCGCCGGCCGGCGCCGAGGAGGAGACGGACCCGGGGGACGGCAGGGCCGCCGGCGCCGUCGCCGUCCCUCAGGCCGCGCUGGAGCUCAAGAGGACCUUCGGGGCCGCCCUGAGGGCCGCGGACCCGGCGGUGGCCUCGGAGGAGCAGCGGCGCCAGCUGAGGAUGACGGUGCCCGUGGUGGUCCUGGAGGAGAUGAGCGCCCACCCCAGGGCCGCCAAGAGGCCGCGGGGGAAGCCCCUCAAGAGGAAGCUUCUCCCACCGCAGGAGUUCCUGCUGGAGGAGCCCCUUCCCCUGGACGUUCUCCUGCUGGACGCGCCGCUGGAGGGUCCCCUGGAGCUCGAGGAGCUGCUGGACUCGGAGGCCACCAUGCUGAAGAACGAGGAGAGGAAAUGUCCCUACUGCCCCGACCGCUUCCACAACGGCAUCGGCCUGGCCAACCACGUGCGCGGCCACCUGAACCGCGUCGGCGUCAGCUACAACGUGCGGCACUUCAUCUCGGCCGAGGAGGUCAAGGCCAUCGAGCAGAAGUUCUCCUUCCAGAAGAAGAAGAAAAAAGUGGCCAACUUCGACCCGGGCACGUUCA